CAGGACCUACCUGAGCAGCGACAACAAAGAGGAGCGGAGAUCCAGGAACCAGCUCUAAAUGAGCACUCCGACCUCAGACUGUUAACGUGUCUGUGUGAGUUCACGAUGGACGAGGUGUUUUUUAAAUCGGCUCUUCCUGCUCAGGACUCCUCGGUGCUGGGAGACUCCAGUCUGGCUCUGCCGGUCCAACUCUCCCCCAGAUCCUCGACGAAACCCGACUCCAGCUCCCGGAGCCUGAGAGUCCAGCAGCAGGUCCAGCUCACUCUGGCCCGGCAGGCACGGAAGACUCACUCAAACGGAGGUGUCCAUUUACAGAAAAACAAGAGCUUCGAUGCAGCAGAUGGAUUUUUACCAAAUAUGAAGGUAAUUGGUUCAGGUUACCAUAGUCACUACCUCUCAAGUAAAACUCUGCAGAAACCAUCCAGGAGGGUUGAAGUGUCUCCUCCACCGAGUCCAGAGUUACCUCGAACCCGCCUCAACUACAGCACCUUCCGUUUUGGGACUCACACCAUCCCGGGACCCAGUCAUUCACACACUGGGAGCUCUCCGCUGCAUCGCUCUCAUGGGUCCGAUUCACUGCGGCGCUACGCUUUCUCCGAGGCGCCUCGUGGCUCACAGAUGCAGGCGUCGACAUCUGCAACGGGGACGUACCGCCGAAGGUCAUUCAGACAGACAGCGGGGCCUCAGGCUGGGUUUGCAAAUGCAGCAUUUCAGCAGAGCGGUGAAUAUGGAUCUCAGUGGGGCCACAGACAAAGUAUUAUCAAACAGGAGAAACACUCCGUGCAGGGGCACAAUGGUGAUCUGAUGCUUAGUCCCAUCCAGCCUGAUGGAGGUUUAUCCUGGCUGGCUCAGGCUCGGAGGGAAGGUCAGAGGUCCAUCAGACUGAAUUCAUACCCACCUUCAGUCGUCAGUGCAGAGGUGGACCUGGGGACGCAGGUGGAAGUAGAUUUCCCCAUUCAGCCGAUCCAGGCGCAGAACAUCACAACACUAAAAUCAGAGAACAAGCCUCCAGAAAUGACGUUGGAGAGAGCCGUGAACCUUCUGACCCAAGAUAAUGAGGAAACACUGAUCUGUGCAGCCAGCUUUAUACAGAACCAGUGUUUCCAGAGCGCUAAUGCAAAAAAGAUGGUUUAUUAUCUCCGUGGGAUCGGAAAGCUCCUGAAGCUCCUGGACAACGACAGUGAGGAGGUGCAGCGAGUUACUGCUGGGGCGCUGCGCAAUGUUGUUUACCAGAGCAACGAAAAUAAGAUGGAAGUGAAGGACAAUGAAGGUUCAGCUGUAAUUCUGCAAACACUCAAGAGCAGCCGUGACAUUGAGACCAGACGGCAGCUUACAGGUGUUUUGUGGAACCUCUCCUCCAAUGACAUGUUGAAGAACCAUCUCGCCCGGAACUCCAUAUCCAUCCUCACCCACUCAGUCCUGGUGCCCAGUUCUGGCAUUUCUGAAGGCGAGAACCCAAAAGAUGAGCUCCUGGCUGAUGCUGACACUUUCCACAAUGUUACCGGCUGCCUGAGAAAUCUGAGCUCUGCCGGUCCAGACAUCAGGAGAGCAAUGAGGGAGUGUGACAAUCUUAUUGACUCUCUGGUUUACUACAUCCGAGGGACCGUGGCAAACUACCAGACAGAUGACAAGUCCACAGAGAACUGCGCCUGUAUCCUGCAUAACCUGUCCUAUCAGAUCGAGUCGGAGCUUCCGCAGCAUUACACCCAAGAUUUCAGAGAAUCUCGGCAAAACUUGGCUCCCGAUCCGAAGGCUCUCGGCUGUUUUGCUUACCGCAGUGCCAAGAUCACAGAGCACCUGGAGCGUCAGCGCCCCCUGCUGGAGGAGAAGGCCAACCCUCAUGGCAUCGAGUGGCUGUGGAGCCCCAUCACCAUUCGCAUGUAUCUGUCUCUGGUGGCCUGCAGUGUGCGUCAUUACACCCAGGAGGCUGCUGUCGGGGCGCUGCAGAACAUCACGGCUGGAAACCAAGAGAUGACUGAAGCCAUUGCCUUCACCAUCGUUCAGCGGGAAAAUGGUCUCCAGCAUAUUAAGAAGAUUUUAGAGGAGGGAGAGAGUGAUGUGAAGAGAACAGCCAUAUCUCUAAUAAGAAACCUCUCUCGCUACCAAGAGCUGCACCCUGCCAUCGUGAACAAGGUGCUGCCAGAGGUGGUGGCGAUGCUGCCCAGCGACGACACCGACCUGCCCAGCGAGGUGACGACUUCUCUGUGUCAGAUCCUCAUCAACCUGAGUCAGAGCGACAUGAAGAACGUCAAGGCCAUCGUCAACCAAGGAGGCCUUUGGAGGAUCAUCAACAUCAGCAACACAGACAACAGUUAUGGACCGAGCCGAGCAGCUCAGGCAGCUUGCGUCCUGCUGCAGGUGAUCUGGAAACACACUGAUCUCCACGGGGCCCUGAAGAGGAGUGGCUUCAAGAAGUCUGAUUUCAUCAAUGCCAGAACAACAAGGGUUGUGAACUCAAGAUGAGACUGAAAUCCUCAAAAUUCCACAAAAUCCCUCAACACACUGUUUUCUGACAUUUUAAAAUUUCAUGCUCCAGACAAAACAUCAUAAACUCCACCUACAUUUCCCGUAAAGAUCCUCUUUGGAAUCUGACUUCGGCUUCAAGACAAACAUGUCCUUGUAAGUGGGAGGUUUCAUUAAAACAGAUAAUUAAUGUUGGAGCAGGAAACCGACUGAUGCAGGAAGUACAUUAAUGAAGAACUGUUUCUCAUUUCAUGGGACCUUUAAAGCACCUUUUUUUUUUUUUUUUUUUUACUUUUUUGUUGACAUUCUUCAUGAGAUGCAUCACUUCUGGACACUGUCUUAUAGUCAGAAUGUAGCUAUUUUUGAUGCAUCUCUGAAAUUUAAAAUCUUUAUGUUAGUGUAUUUCUUCCGAUUCUGACAAUUUGUUUUUAAGCACUUCUGGUAAUUAUGCAAAGAACCACAAAGAAAAUAUAUGAAAGCUGCAUUGAUUUCUUUGACAAACUACAUGAACUAAAUGUAUAUAACAUGUAUUUUAAAGUGUAACAUACAAAAAUAAGCUGAUCUCUGGGCGUCGGACUUGAGUUGUUUCCAAGAAAUAAAUGCUCUUUUGAGUUA